CUGACAUAAGGAGAAUGAAAAUGGCACUCAGUCAGAUGAUCGUUCUGCUGGCCUGUACUGCACAGUUUGUGUCGGCGAUUCGUACAUACUACAUGGACCAGCAUUGUAGUGAGACAUUGAAUAUGACCCGUUUAGGGAUUGAGUCGGCCAAACUGAAGUUGACCAGAUGGCAUAAAUACAAAAGCAACAUGAGGUGUUACCUGACCAUAGAAGCGCCAUUGAACAAAUUCAUCAUGAUCACAUUCCGUGAUAUUGACAUCAAAACUGGGGUGUUUGGUCGCUGUGAAGGAGACAGACUGCAAAUCUAUGAUGGCAGGGACUCGUCAGCAAAUAUGGUUGGUGGUAAGUUUCAGAAUACUAAAACAUCUAAGUUACUUAGUUACUUGGAAUGGCAGGAGGAAGUCAAUAAUUCAAGGGUUUAA